AUGACUGGUUACUGUACAGAGCAGCGCUACACUUGGAAAUCUCUUUUUCUUCCAAACCCGAGCGAUCCUGACAAUCCAAGACUUGUUGUGAGAAGAAUUCCAAUUCCUGGAACAUCAGAGAACCCAGAGGAGACCAUCAACUCUGUUCCAAAGACACCGACUGGCCCAGUUCCAGAGUUUGGACUGAGCUCCUCUUCAGACUCUCCUCCAAGAAGUCUCUCCACUGCCUCCUCUGCCUCUCCUCCAACUCAGUGUUCUUCAUCAAACAAGGAGGACUUCACAGGACAUCGUGUAGGAAGAUGUGAUGGACCCAGUUCGUCACGCAGGUCUCCAAAGACCUCCUCAAAUGUUCAGCUGAGCUCCAGUACAAGCUUGACAGAGCAGCACUACACUUGGAAAUCUCUUUUGCUUCCCAACCCGAGCGAUCCUGACGAUCCAAUACUUGUUGUGAGAAGAAUUCUAAUUCCUGGAACAUCAGAGAACCCAGAGGAGACCAUCAACUCUGUUCCAAAGACACCAACUGGCCCGGUUCCAGAGUUUGGACUGAGCUCCUCUUCAGACUCAGACUCUCCUCCUCAGAAGUAUCUCUAUGCUCCAUCCUCUCCAAACAUCAACCCUGUUCCAAAGAACACCUACGGGUGGUUUGAGUUUCUCCUCAGAUUCAGACACUCCUCCAAGACGUUUCUCCACUGCUUCCUCCGCCUCUCCUCCAACUCAGUGUUCUUCAUCACACAAGGAGGACUUCUGGACCUACGAGAAGCUGAAAGACCAAGACAAGCUUGUUCUAAAGAGACAGCACAAAGGAAAUCCUGCAGGAAGAUGUGAUGGACCCAGUUCUUCAAAGAGACCUUCAAACAUCCCACACCCCAAGAGAAAACCCGUACCGCCCCCGACCAUGAACAGUACGAACACAAAGUGGGUCAAGAACCUCAAAUCAAUACUGGCAGAAAGAAAAAAGCAGCAUGGACAGCAGAACUUUAAGAGGUGUGCUAAAAGUACGGAUGCUGCACCAACAGCCAAAAGAAUGAUGAAGACAAACUCCUGAUUCAUUUUCAGAAACUUCAAUAUUUAAACUAUUUCAUUCUUUUUUUGUUCAUUCUAGUCAAUAGUUGUUGUGUUUUAAUAAACUUUAUACAAAAUCUA